AUGCCACCAAGACGCCACCGAGAACCAACUCCUCAAACGGAGGAAGAGGACAACGUGUCACAACCCAUUCCGCAUCCUCCACCUCCUCUGCCUCCGCCGCCUCCGGUCGAUCGAGAAAUCGUGAAGCUAUUCUUGGAGCAAAAGCCACCCGUGUUUGACGGAUUGGGAGAACCGGCCAAGGCUGAAUCUUGGAUCCGGGCAAUAGAGCGCAUCUUCGCGAUUUUGAGAUGCAACGAUAGAGAACGCAUGAGUUGUGUGACCCAUCAGCUGACUGAGGCAGCCGACUUUUGGUGGGAUACUAGAACGAAGACUAUGCCACGAGACCAAGUAGAGGCGAUGACGUGGGAAGGUUUCAAGACGGAAAUAUACAACAAGUAUGUGCCGAAGAGCUAUCGGAAAGCAAAGGCAUCUGAGUUUCACAAUCUGACUCAAGGACGCAUGACGGUGACCGAGUACGAUCGAGCGCUCAACAGCAUGACCCGGUACGCCCCCGAUCAAGUCGACACCGACGAGAAGCUGUCCGACAAGUUCCGUGAGGGACUAAAACCCGAGAUAAGAAUGUCGUUGGCCAGCCGAGGGAGACUCCCCUACACCGAAGCAUUAGCACUUGCGCUAGAUAUUGAGGCAGCAAUGCCUAAGGAGAAAGCUAAGGAGAACACUACCUCGUCUUUACCCCCACCGCACUACUCCAGAGAGAAACGGAAGUGGGAUGAGCCUAGAACUUCACACGAUGGAAAACGGCACCAGUCGAGUCAGCAUCGGUCCCAGUACGAAGGAGGGCAGCGUACGUCUAGCCAGAGAGGAGACUACCGACCUAGGGCACCACAAUGCAAUGUGUGCUCUAAGUACCAUUUUGGAGAAUGCCGGUACCAGAACGUGAUCAAGUGCUACACUUGUGGAGGAAACGGUCACUUCUCUAGGGAGUGUCCAAAUAACAAGGUAGGAUCGGGAUCGAGACGGAACGAUCAGGGAUCCCGUCAACCGGCGAGGACACCGCCGAAUGAAUCGGGAGGAAAUCGCGACUCAUCGUCGCGGCAACAACAACCUCACCGCCCCAGACUUCCUCCCCAAGCUAGAGCGUUCGCGCUGGAACAGAAGAAGCCGAAGAAAGAGCAAGAGGAUCGUGGGAAAGGAAACUUGACAGGUAUGGGCGAAAUUCUCAAUACCCCCGUUGUUGUGUUGUUUGAUACGGGCGCAUCGCACUCGUUUAUAUCUGAACUAUGUGUGCACACUUUGAGCUUGCCUACUAGCGAAUCUGAACGUAGAAUGAUGGUAUCCUCACCAGUAGGAAGAAUGAUAGAAAUAUCUAAAACGUGUUCGAACGUAGAAAUUGUUAUGGGAGAAUUUAAAAUAGUUGCUCACGACUUGCGAGUCAUAAAAAUGGAGGAUAUCGAUAUAAUCUUGGGAAUGGACUGGCUGACAACGAACUUUGCGACGAUUCGUUGUAAGGAGAGGCAGAUAUCUCUACAAGCUCCGGGAAGCGAACCCACCAUAUACCACGGAAUCUCGAUGAACCGGCGAACCGCCAUCAUAUCCGCGCUUCAAGCGACCGCAAUGAUGAAAAAGGGGCGAACUGCUUAUCUUGUCUACCUCCAUGGAGAGGAGAAGGACGAGAAGAAGAUGGAAGAUGUCGCUGUCGUGAAAGAAUUCCCAGACGUUUUUCCAGAAGUGUUACCUGGACCACCGCCAGAUCGACAAUUGGAGUUCACGAUUGACCUUGAACCGGGAGCCGCACCCGUAUCAAAGGCACCAUACCGAAUGGCGCCAAAAGAGUUGGAGGAAUUAAAGAUACAACUCCAGGAACUCAUGGACCUAGGUUUCAUUAGGCCUAGCGUCUCGCCAUGGGGCGCACCAGUACUUUUUGUAAAGAAGAAGGAUGGAUCGAUGAGGAUGUGCAUCGACUAUAGGGAGCUAAACAAGUUGACCCUAAAGAACAAGUAUCCACUACCGAGGAUAGAUGACUUGUUCGAUCAACUUCGAGGAGCAGGCGUGUUUUCAAAGAUGGACUUGAGGUCCGGAUAUCAUCAGCUAAGAGUUCGAAGGGAGGAUAUACCCAAGACUGCGUUUCGCACAAGAUAUGGCCACUACGAGUUCGUUGUGAUGCCGUUUGGAUUGACGAAUGCCCCAGCGGUGUUCAUGGACUUGAUGAAUCGAAUAUUCCAUCCGUACUUGGAUAAAUUUGUUUUAGUCUUUAUAGAUGACGUGCUAGUCUACUCAAAGGAUGAGAAGGAGCAUGAGGAGCACCUACGAAUCACGUUGGAGACGUUGAGGACCGAGAAGUUGUACGCCAAAUUCAGCAAGUGUGAAUUCUGGCUGAAGGAAGUGAAUUUUCUAGGACACAUUGUGUCGGCAGAAGGAAUCCGAGUGGACCCCGCCAAGGUUGAGGCGGUACAACAAUGGAAGUCGCCUUCAACACCAAACGAAAUUCGGAGUUUCCUAGGAUUGGCAGGAUACUACCGAAUAUUCAUUGAAGUAUUCUCCAAGAUAGCGAGACCAAUGACGCAACAACUUAAGAAGGGAGUCAAGGUGAAUUGGACCCCAGAGUGUGAAGCAAGCUUUCAACUCUUGAAGGAGAAAUUGACAACCGCGCCAGUGUUAGCUGUGCCCGAGUCUGGAGUGAAUUACGUAGUCUACACCGACGCUUCGAAGGUUGGAUUAGGAUGCGUAUUGAUGCAAAAUAACAAAGUGAUCGCCUACGCGUCACGACAAUUAAGACCACACGAGUUGAACUACCCAACACACGAUUUGGAGUUAGCAGCAGUGAGAGACUUGAAUAUGCGACAACGAAGAUGGCUCGAACUAGUGAAGGACUACGAUUGUGGCAUCAACUACCACCCCGGCAAAGCAAAUGUGGUGGAAGAUGCUUUGAGCCGUAGAGAUCAUUCGCAAAUAGCUACUUUUCUGACGGAAGAAGAGAGCUUGAUACGAGAAUUUAGCAAAAUGCGAUUAGAAGUGAUAAGAGCACCCGAAACAGUGGAAGGGCGAAUUGCCACUUUGGUGGUUAAACCAGAUCUGAAAAUGAGAAUCGUUGCAGCGCAACGGAUGGAUGCGGAACUAGAGGAAAUCCGAAUUGAAGUGAGAACCGGUGAAUCCGGAAAAUUUAGUAAGGAGUCCGACAACGCCCUCACCUUUGAAGGAAGAUUGUGCGUGCCAAACAACGAGGAACUUAAGAACGAGAUCAUGAGCGAAGCUCAUGAAACUCCAUACACUGCCCACCCUGGAAGCACGAAGUUGUAA